AUGCGUCUUCUUCAAUCCUUUCACUUUGUAGCCGGACUGUGCUCCGGCACCCUGGGCGCCGUUCUCCUACAGCCCAUCGACCUGCUCAAGACCCGCGUACAACAGUCGGGCUCGCAGUCGAUUCGGACCACGAUCCGCGAGAUUGCCAAGUCGCCCAAUGCUGUUGCCGCCUUCUGGCGCGGCACCGUGCCCUCGACGCUGCGCACCGGCUUUGGCUCCGCCGUCUACUUCACCACCCUGAGCACAAUCCGGCAGCAUGCGACGCCCCUCGCCCUCGCCGCUUCUUCCUCGUCUGCCUCGUCUUCCUCGUCCGGUCGCUACUCGUCGUCCUCAUCCCUCCCAAAGCUGUCCAACACGGCCAAUUUGCUCUCGGGCGCCUUUGCCCGUGCCUUUGCCGGCUUCCUGCUCAUGCCCUUGACCAUUCUCAAGGUCCGCUACGAGUCCAACCUGUACUCGUACACGUCGCUGGCCGGUGCCGCGCGUGACAUAUAUCAGAAGGAGAGGAUACGCGGCUUCUUUGCCGGCUACGGAGCCACCGCGGUUCGCGAUGCGCCACACGCUGGGCUCUACGUCCUCUUCUAUGAACAAUUCAAGAAGCGGCUUAGCAAGAUCUAUGGGCGGAGCAAGGGUGUCGCUGCUGUCGACGGAGCGCAGGCAUCUUCCAACAUGACCUCUUCCCUGGCGGCCACGAUCAAUUUCAGCUCCGGGGCCAUGGCAAGCGCCACGUGCUCCUUUAUCACGAACCCCUUUGAUGCCGUCAAGACGCGAAUCCAGCUUCAGCCGCACGAAUACCGGAAUACUCUUCAGGCUAUGAGCAAAAUGAUCACAGAGGAGGGCGUGCGGUCACUAUAUGACGGACUGGCACUGCGGCUCACGCGGAAAGCCAUCAGUUCGGCGCUGGCCUGGAUGUUGUAUGAAGAAAUUAUUCGAAGAGCAGAGACUACAUUGAGCCGCAAUGUAAGCGGUCAGGUAUAA